CGGCGGAUGCUGGGAGACCGUUUUCCGGCGGCGACCGGGGAGAAGCGCUAGUCGAGUCUGAGGCGUGCCUGUCGCCUCUCCCGGGCAAUAUCCGGCGUCCGAGGAGCCGCUCCCGGAGGGCCCGGGUCUGUGGGGCUUACGCCAGCCGCGAGGCUGCGCCAGGCAGUCGCCGCCUCGUCCCGCUUCUCAGCUGAGGCGCCCCGCAGCCAGGCAGCAGAUCCAGGCCUCGGCCGGCGCCGGGCCUCCGGGGCCCUCCCGGGCUCAGCAUGCCCGGGGUGAAGCUGACCACCCAGGCGUACUGUAAGAUGGUGCUGCAUGGCGCCAAGUACCCGCAUUGCGCCGUCAACGGACUGCUGGUAGCCGAGAAGCAGAAGCCGCGCAAGGAGCAUCUCCCCCUGGGCGGCCCAGGCGCCCACCACACCCUCUUCGUGGACUGUAUCCCCCUCUUCCACGGCACCCUGGCCCUCGCCCCCAUGCUGGAGGUGGCCCUCACCCUGAUUGAUUCAUGGUGCAAAGAUAAUAGCUAUGUGAUUGCUGGUUAUUAUCAAGCUAAUGAACGAGUAAAGGAUGCCAGUCCAAACCAGGUUGCAGAGAAGGUGGCCUCCAGGAUCGCCGAGGGCUUCAGCGAUACAGCUCUCAUCAUGGUAGACAACACUAAGUUUACGAUGGACUGCGUGGUACCUACGAUCCACGUGUACGAACACCACGAAAACAAAUGGCGCUGCAGAGACCCGCACUAUGAUUACUGUGAAGACUGGCCGGAGGCCCAGAGGAUCUCAGCAUCGCUCCUGGACAGCCGGUCCUACGAAACGCUCGUGGAUUUUGAUAACCACCUGGAUGACAUUCGGAAUGACUGGACAAACCCAGAGAUCAAUAAAGCUGUUCUGCAUCUGUGUUAGGGAGGGGUUUCAGUGACUGGUCUCUAGGCACUUCCACUACACUGAAGAAGAAAAGCUAUUUUUAAAUGUAAAUAAAGUAUCUCAUAGCCUGUGUGGAAAGCUGACAGUUCUCAGAAGUGGCCUGUGCCUUGAAAGAGGGGAGAAUGUCCCAUCAGUCAUCUUUCUAAUGCAGUCUCUAGAACAGGUACAGAGUCUCCAAUCUGACCAUCCCUGUGGAGUCCUUCCCAGCUGUACGUUGCUAAAAUUCUCCAAAUCAAAGCUAUUUCUGCUUGUCCAAGAUUGUUCCUAUUAAACAAUUUUAACUAACCUUUUAUAA